GCGUGCAGGGGCGUGCGGGGCUGGGGUCAAGACUAGAGUCUCCUACGCGCGUGACAGACUUGCGGAAGGCGGGCCGCCUUCAGUUGCUGCGUUCGGCUGUAGCCCGUGAGGCGCGGCGGCGGCCUGGGAGGAAGCUGCGCGCCAGCGUCUGGUGAGAGCCCCGCGUCGGCCGGGACCCGGGGGACGCGCCGGGGAGAGCAUCCUCCGGGCCCCCCCGCGGCCUCCUGCUCCGGCCCCUGUCUCGUGGCCUCCGCAGUCCCGCGGCUUGGACCUCCCGGCGUUCCCAGGCCCGCACAAGACCCGGGCGUCGCCCUGUCUUCCGCAGGCCUACGUGCCAGGGCCCCUCUGUGUUACCGGCACGGGGAGCAGACAGGAACUCUAUUUUAAGAACGUCUCAAAACAAAAGAAACAAGUCAUGGAGAAGAAUGGGAAUAACGGAAAACUUCGGGUUUGUGUUGCCACUUGCAACCGUGCUGAUUAUUCUAAACUUGCCCCGAUCAUGUUUGGCAUUAAAAUGGAACCUGAGUUCUUUGAACUUGAUGUGGUGGUACUUGGCUCUCACCUGAUAGAUGACUAUGGGAACACAUACCGCAUGAUUGAACAAGAUGACUUUGACAUUAACACCAGGCUGCACACAAUUGUUAGAGGGGAAGAUGAGGCAGCCAUGGUAGAAUCAGUGGGCUUGGCCCUAGUGAAGCUACCAGAUGUCCUUAAUCGCUUGAAGCCUGAUAUCAUGAUUGUUCACGGAGACAGGUUUGAUGCCCUGGCUCUGGCUACAUCUGCCGCCUUGAUGAAUAUCCGAAUCCUUCACAUUGAAGGUGGGGAAGUCAGUGGGACCAUUGACGAUUCUAUCAGACAUGCCAUAACCAAACUGGCUCAUUAUCAUGUAUGCUGCACCCGGAGUGCGGAGCAGCACCUGAUAUCCAUGUGUGAGGACCAUGACCGCAUCCUUCUGGCGGGCUGCCCCUCCUAUGACAAGCUUCUCUCUGCCAAGAACAAAGACUACAUGAGCAUUAUUCGGAUGUGGUUAGGUGACGAUGUAAAAUCUAAAGAUUACAUUGUUGCGCUACAGCACCCUGUGACCACUGACAUUAAGCAUUCCAUAAAAAUGUUUGAAUUAACACUGGAUGCGCUUAUCUCAUUUAACAAGCGGACCCUAGUUCUGUUUCCAAACAUUGAUGCAGGGAGCAAAGAGAUGGUUCGAGUGAUGCGGAAGAAGGGCAUUGAGCAUCAUCCCAAUUUCCGUGCAGUGAAACAUGUCCCAUUUGACCAGUUUAUACAGCUGGUCGCCCAUGCUGGGUGUAUGAUUGGGAACAGCAGCUGUGGAGUACGAGAGGUUGGAGCUUUUGGAACACCUGUGAUCAAUCUGGGAACACGUCAGAUUGGAAGAGAAACAGGGGAGAAUGUCCUUCAUGUCCGGGAUGCCGAUACCCAAGACAAAAUACUGCAAGCAUUGCACCUUCAGUUUGGUAAACAAUACCCUUGUUCAAAGAUCUAUGGGGAUGGAAAUGCUGUUCCGAGGAUUUUGAAGUUUCUUAAAUCUAUUGAUCUCCAAGAGCCACUACAAAAGAAAUUCUGCUUUCCUCCUGUGAAGGAGAAUAUCUCUCAAGAUAUUGACCAUAUUCUUGAAACUCUAAGUGCCUUGGCUGUUGAUCUCGGUGGGACAAACCUCCGUGUCGCAAUAGUCAGCAUGAAGGGUGAAAUUGUUAAGAAGUAUACUCAGUUCAAUCCUAAAACCUACGAAGAGAGGAUUAAUUUAAUCCUACAGAUGUGUGUAGAAGCUGCGGCAGAAGCUGUAAAACUGAACUGCAGAAUUUUGGGAGUAGGUAUUUCUACGGGCGGCCGUGUAAAUCCUCGGGAAGGAGUUGUGCUGCAUUCAACCAAACUGAUUCAAGAGUGGAACUCUGUGGACCUCAGGAGCCCGCUCUCUGACACCUUGCAUCUCCCCGUGUGGGUGGACAACGAUGGCAAUUGUGCUGCCCUGGCAGAAAGGAAAUUUGGCCAAGGAAAGGGCCUGGAAAACUUUGUGACACUUAUCACAGGCACAGGGAUCGGCGGGGGGAUCAUCCAUCAGCACGAGCUGAUCCACGGAAGCUCCUUCUGUGCUGCAGAACUUGGCCACCUUGUUGUGUCUCUGGAUGGGCCUGACUGUUCCUGUGGAGGUCGUGGAUGUAUUGAAGCCUAUGCCUCUGGAACGGCCUUGCAGAGGGAAGCAAAGAAGCUACAUGAUGAGGACCUGCUCUUGGUGGAAGGGAUGGCAGUGCCGAAAGACGAGGCCGUGAGCGCGGCCCAUCUCAUCCAAGCUGCGAAACUUGGCAACGUCAAGGCCCAGAGCAUCUUGAGAACAGCUGGAACGGCUUUGGGUCUUGGGGUUGUGAACAUCCUCCACACCAUAAAUCCUUCCCUUGUGAUCCUCUCUGGAGUCCUAGCCAGUCACUACAUCCACAUCGUCAAAGACGUCAUCCGCCAGCAAGCCUUGUCCUCGGUUCAGGAUGUAGACGUGGUGGUGUCGGAUUUGGUGGACCCUGCCCUGCUCGGUGCCGCCAGCAUGGUUCUGGACUACACGACUCGCAGGAUCUGCUAGGCCUCCCAGGGGUGCACCCGGACCGAGACUCUAAGCUGCUUCGUGGAAUCAGGUUGUCUUUUAGACAAGCAUUUCUUAAAAAGCAGAUUUGGUAUUUAAAUUUGGUAUUUGGCAGGUGACUUCGGCAGUUAAAUUUUUGCUUUUAGUCUCCUCUUCCGAAGCCACCUUUCCCAACCCCCAUUUUUGUAGAUGCUGCUCCUUCUGGGGUCAUUUCAGCUCAAACCCUCUAAGCACCAGUCACAAUCUUCUGUGCCAAAGUUGCUGUGACAGUAGACAAGGACACCUCAGGGCUUUGCUACUAGAUGGACCACGUAGACCUACAGGCCUUGCCUGAGGCGGGGCCUCAAGACUGGAGUGUAGAUCGUUCAUCCUUCCUCCUCUGGCCCUAAACUCCGAUUGCAGAAAGGGAUCCGGUCAGGAAACAGAAGGAAAUAACACUGUGAAAGGCUUGAGUAAACUUUUU